AUGGUCCCAGCGGCAAAUGCUGGUGCUCACAGCACGGAACCUGACCAUGCGGGUAGUUUCGAAGGACUCCCCAUGGCACUGAAUCCAUACAUGGACGACAUGCUUUGUCAACCGACAUUCCACCUCUUCAUGGAACUACCCAUCGAACUGCGUUGCUUGGUUUACGAUCAGUACUUCUUAGAAGAAAAGAGUUCGAUAGCCUGUCGGAACUGGCCUCACUUGCAAUUCUCUCAAGAGUACGAGCGUUCGAUCCGACUCAAAAGGAGGACUGCUCCGUUUCUUCCCUCUCUUUGCCUUGUCAACAAGAAGCUGCAAAGUGAACUUCUCCAUUGUCUGUUGGAGGCAGCUCAUUUCGAAUUUGACGAUGGUGUAGUCCUUGGUCGUAUCCUGGUCUUGUUGGCCGACUGUUCCUUGCGACUCCAUCUUACAGUCCGAAAGGCUACAAUAGGAAACGUUAAUGGACAACGGAAGCGCCUUCUUUUCGGAUCUGAAAACAGAGAAAGCCAAACUGAUGCUCGUAAACUUGCGCAAGAAUGUAACAACCUCUUGUGUUCUACGAUGCCAUACUUGCCAGAACUUCGCGAGCUCAAUCUCAAACUGUACGCGCCAUUACUGUUUGGGGACACACUCUGGAACGGUUUCCAAAUUACACCUAUAUAUUCACUUGCAGUGGAUAACUAUCUAUGUGGUUUCGAACUGGAUGCCAUCCUUGGUUUGGGCAGACUGGAAAAGCUUAGCAUCACAGGCAUCAGUGGCGAUUGCAACAAAAUUGACCAGAUCAAUCGUACCGGCAACAUUAUCAUCGACGAUGGUAAGUCGAGGAACCUUACAGCCAUCCUGGACCUCUGUGAACAGAUCAAACAUGGUUUCAUUAUACAAAAACGCAGCGUGGUGAUCAGAGCUCAUCUUCGAUAUGCCGUCAAUAAGGGUACAGAGGAAACACUCGGGUGA